CUUUAUUUUUAAAAAAAGUAAAAAUGAAUAAUUUGAUCUCUAUAAUUUUGAGUGCUUAAUUGAGAUCAAACUUCAGCUUAACUCAGUCCAAUUUGACUGAACACAGGCACAGCAUAAACCAAAAGAUUAUUUGAUUCUUAAUUUCCAAGUUCAUCUUUGUUGUUUGAUUACUGAUCAGGUUCAAGCUCAAGCUCAAACUCACCAUACCAGUGGCUCAACGGCAUGGAAUGGGAAGCGAAGAGCAUUUUAAUGGCCCGUCUUCUUCCCCACGGUGCUAAACUUACAGAAACUGGCGAUAUCGUGAGCGUCGUAACCACCCUCCAGAAAAUCGCCACCCUCGCCGCCCCCGACGGCGACGCCCUUCAACGAGUCGCCACUUACGCCAACGAAGGCCUCGCUUAUCGGACGCUCAAUAAGUACAUACCCGGUCUGUCGGAAUCACUCCGGCUGACAAAUCGCUUGUCAGCGUCGGAGCUGGUGCUUGUCCGGAGACUUUUCCGAGAGUUGUGUCCCUUCUUGAUGUUCUCGUACUGGAUCUCGAAUCACGCCAUCGCCGAAGCCAUGAGAGCCGAACCGGUGAUACAUGUGAUCGAUUUCAACGCUUCCGAUCCAGAACAGUGGAUCCAUCUUCUUCAUACAUUGAAGGAUCUGUGUCACGCGGACAAUCGACCUCUGCCGUUUCUGAAAAUCACGGGGAUUCACGAGAAGAAGGAAGUUCUUGAACAAACGGGGUUUCUGUUGAUGAGAGAGGCUGAGAAAUUGAAAUUCCCUUUCUUCUUUUAUCCAUUUGAGUGCAAAUUGGAGAAUCUGAUGUUUGAAAAAUUGCCUUUGAAGCCAGAAGAGCCUCUUGCAAUCGUUUCUGUUCUUCAGCUCCAUUCCCUUCUCGCUGCUGAUGAUAAUCAAACGGCCACGACGGGGAUUAAUUCUCCGGCAGAGUUGCUUGGGAAACUUAGGAUCAGACCAAGUCCUGAUUCAGCUCUUUCUCCAUGUGCUUCCCCUAAGAUGGAGUGUUUUCUAAAUGCAAUCUGGAACCUCAAACCCAGGUUGAUGCUCAUCACUGAGCAAGAAUCAAAUGCUAACGAGCAUGCUCUCAAGACAAGGCUAGAGAAUGCACUCAUAUUCUAUGGUGCACUCUUUGAUUGCUUAGAAGCCAAUGUUCCUAAAGCAAGAGAAGCAGAUAGAACAAUCAUGGAGAGGAUGCUUCUGGGUGAAGAAAUCAAGAACAUCAUUGCUUGUGAAGGAGUUCAGAGAAAAGAGAGACAUGAGAAAGCUGAGACAUGGGUUCGAUGGCUUGAGCUUGCUGGGUUUCAAAGAAGAUCUUUGAGCUAUGCUAGAAUGUUGCAGGCAACAAGGCCAUUGCAGAACUAUGGAAGAGGAUACAAGCUUAUAGAGCAUGAUCAAUGCCUCUUUGUUUGUUGGGAUGAUCGACCUCUCUACUCAAUAUCAGCAUGGAAGUUCUAAAGACUUCAACUCAUCAUCAAGGAGAGAAAUAGAGAUAAAGACGAUGGUAUGCAUUGGAAACACAAAAUCUCUUCAUUUCCUUAUCAUCAUUUUCUCUUCACUUCCCAAAUUAUAUACCAUUUGACUAAAACAAAUUUACUUAAUGCAGUGAUAUCAAUUGUUAUAAUUAGGGAAGUGAAAGGAAAAUGAUGAUAAGAAAAUAGAAAGAUUUCACGUCCAUGUGGUAGAACUCACAUAUCUCCAAGUUCUACUAUCAUUUAUAUCUCUCUUCUCUCAUAAUUUAAUGGGAUCAAGCUACUCUUUUAAGAUUUUUUUUGUCUUGACUUAUUUUAAGUGCGCUUAAAAUAGGUGUGCUUUUCGUAUAUCUAUACAAGUCAAGACCAUUUCACUUGAAGAGAAUCUAGACUUCAAAAUGAUGCAGCUGAACAUGGAGGAAAAUGUGAGUCCACAAUUGACCAUUAAGCCAUUGAAGGGAGUAUGAGCCCACGAUUGACCAUAGCCAUUGAGGGGGACAAUGUAGGUCCAAAUUAUAAAAGAUACAGAAAUCAAUCUCAAGUUUAGAAAAACACAUAAGCUUGUUAGUUUAAUGUACUUUUUAUAGGUAUAUGCAGCCAUUUACAGUUUGCUUAUGUGACUUUUUAUAAUUGGUUUGAUUUAUGUAAUAAAGUUUGAUCAUCUGAUGAGAUUUGUUGCAAUAUGUAUCUGCUAAAAUUGGGGAGAUAAAAAGAGAGAGAAAUGUUGGUCCACUUUCUCAUCUCUCUCUUGGUA